AUGGAGAUGGAAGAAAAAGUGACUCCAAACUGGACUGCAGCAGCACAAAACCAGUCCUUGGUGACCGAAUUCAUCCUGGUGGGCCUCUCUAACGACCCCGAGAUGCAGCUGGUUCUCUUUGUGGUCUUCCUGGUGCUCUACACACUGACGUUGGCCGGCAACUUCCUCAUCGUGGUCACCAUCGUGCAUGACCAAGCCCUCCACACGCCCAUGUACUUCUUCCUGAGCAAUCUCUCUUUCAUUGACAUCUGUCACUCCACAGUGACCGUGCCCAAGAUGCUGGCCGACUUUCUCUCCGCCGAGAAGACCAUCUCCUUUGGAGGCUGCGUGGCCCAGAUGUUCUUCCUUCACCUCUUUGCCUGCACCGAAAUCUUCCUACUCACCGUCAUGGCCUACGACCGCUAUGUGGCCAUUUGCAAUCCUAUGCAUUACCUCACCGUCAUGAGCCACAAGGUCUGCCUCCUGUUGGCCGGAACGAUCUGGCUAGGGGGUACGGUCCAUUCCCUCGCCUUAAUCGGCAUGACCAUCAAGCUACCCUACUGUGGCCCCCAGGAGGUGGACAACUUCUUCUGCGACGUUCCUCCGGUCAUCAAGCUGGCGUGCACCGACACUUACAUCAUCGAGGUCCUUAUCAUUUCCAACUCCGGGCUGAUCUCCGUGGUCUGCUUUGUGGUGCUGGUGGUCUCAUACGGUGUCAUCUUGGUCUCCCUCCGCAACCGUUUUGCCGAAGGCCGGCGCAAGGCUCUUUCUACCUGCGCGGCACACCUCACCGUGGUGACUCUCUUCCUGGGGCACUGCAUUUUCAUUUACUCCCGCCCCUCCACCAGCUUCAAGGAAGACAAGGUGGUGUCGGUCUUCUUCACGGCUGUGACCCCGUUGCUCAACCCCAUUAUCUACACACUGCGGAACGAGGAUAUGAAGCGAGCGCUCAACAAAAUGGUUGGUCGGAAGGUGGACUCGGAGAAGAAGUGA